AUGCCUUGCCUUAGGGUCGACAUGCAGGGCAGUGCCGAAGUAUUCACCCUCAAUCUCUGCCUGUGCAGAACAAAAGCUUGUUUUGCUAACUUGCAACGCAGAGCAUCAUCUGGCAGUACUUUGAAUGCUGAUGCAACAAUCUCGUAUAACACCGGCUGUGAUUCUAAUUGCCAAGCGCAAUUUACAAAUACAACCCGUACAAUACCGGUUACCAUUGUAGAUUCAACUGGUACACAACAGAGCACAACUUUAACUUAUAAUGGUGCUACUGAUACCACUCAAGUAGGUGAAGGUCCGCCUACAAAGUCUGCACAAAUUGGAUUGGGUAUAGGAAUUACUUUUAGUGCACUUAUAAUUGUUGGUGAAAUUGCAUUUUUCACAUUUUACUAUCGCAAUCCCGUAUCUAGAAGUACAGACUAUCAUAUGAAUUAG